ACUGCGGUGCGUUUUUUGUUUUGUUGCGUGAUUUUCAGGGAUUUUCCACUUUUCCAAACGUUUUCCACAGAAAGUAGCCACCAAAGCUGUGAAAAAUGUUAUCCAGGGUAUGCAGGCUGGCUCCGAAGCAUGCACUAAGUGGGAGAGUCCUUUGUGGGCAGCAGGAUCCUAACUUUAUGAACCGGUCCCGGGAUUAUCAUGCCUCCACGACGAGACACACCGGUGUGCGAGUGCUAAAACCGUGUCUCCUUGCGAACACGAACCUGAGCACCGCUUUACAACCGCUAACCGCGGCAGUUUUAGUGCGGAAUCUCGGCACCGGCGUCGACGAUAAAACUGCCCUGCUAAACACUAUCCCGGAACCACCAACAAUUCCACUACAGAAUGCACCCGAAGUGGCCGACCUAGUGGCCGGGGCGGAACCUACGUUCGCUUCGCUUGGACUUGGUGGCUGGACGCCCGUCGGAAUCGUGCAAAAUUGUAUGGAGUUUUUGCACAUCGGCCUCGACCUACCGUGGUGGGGCUGCAUCGCGAUCGGUACGGUCGUCGUGCGGACCCUGCUGUUCCCGUUGGUUAUUGCCUCGCAACGAAAUGCAGCCAAGAUGAACAACCACAUGCCGCAGAUGCAGGUCCUUCAGGUGAAGAUGACCGAAGCACGGCAGGCCGGCAACGCGAUCGAUGCCGCUCGUUACGGACAGGAGCUGAUGCUGUUCAUGAAGGAGAAGAAGCUGAACCCGCUAAAGAAUAUGCUGGUUCCGCUGGCACAGGCACCGAUCUUUAUUUCGUUUUUUAUGGGCCUCAGAGAGAUGGCCAACACGCCCGUUGAUUCGAUGCGCGACGGUGGUCUGUUUUGGUUCACGGAUCUUACGGUUUGCGAUCAGUUCUACGCCCUACCGAUCAUAACCAGUAUGACGCUAUUCCUCACGAUCGAACUCGGUACGGAUAGUGCGCGCAUGUCGGCAGCCGGUAUGCAGACAGCCAAGUACAUCCUUCGUGCCCUUCCCAUCUUUAUCUUCCCGUUUACGAUUAACUUCCCCGGUGCCAUUCUGUGCUACUGGGCGUGCAGUAACUUCUUUUCGCUGUUGCAAGUUGGAUUUUUGCGGAUACCAACGGUUCGGGAUUUCUUCAAGAUCGAUCGCAUCGUGACACAUCGGCCGGAAACGUUACCGAUGAAGAAAAAAGGAUUCACCGAAGGCGUCAAGGAGUCUUGGACGAAUAUGAAGAUCAGUAGGGAGCUGGAAGAACGUGCACGUAUCGAUGAGAUUCGCUUUCAGAAGGCCGGUCGAGGACCAUUGGUGAAAACGUACAAACAUGAUCCUACCGCUUCACGAACAACAGCCACGACGGCCGGCGCAGUGAAUGCGAAAAAGCGAUAAACCAAACGGGGCAGGAAAACACCAGAAGCAUAGAUCGUUGGAACGUAACUGCGAUGAUGUAGGCAAUAAAGCAAAGUUAAUUGUAAACCUA